AUCAUGUUGAACUCUCUGCACAAGUAUGAGCCAAGGAUUCAUAUAGUGCGAGUGGGUGGCCCGCAGCGGAUGAUCACCAGCCAUUCCUUCCCAGAGACCCAGUUUAUAGCCGUGACUGCCUACCAGAACGAGGAGAUCACAGCUUUAAAAAUUAAAUACAAUCCAUUUGCAAAGGCAUUUCUUGAUGCAAAAGAAAGAAGUGAUCACAAAGACAUGAUGGAGGAAGUGGGAGAUAAUCAGCAGUCUGGGUACUCGCAGUUAGGUAGUUGGCUUAUUCCCGGGACUGGGACUCUGUGCCCACCUGCCAAUCCUCACCCUCAGUUCGGAGCCCCCCUGUCACUCUCCCCUGCUCACAGCUGCGAAAGGUACUCAUCGCUGAGGAACCACCGUCCUGCCCCCUACCCCAACCCCUACACCCACAGAAACAACUCACCAACAGCCUAUGCCGAUAACUCCUCUGCCUGCCUUUCCAUGCUGCAGUCCCAUGACAACUGGUCUUCUCUGGGAGUUCCCACACACACGACGAUGCUGCCCAUGAGUCACAGCACGGGCACAGCCACCAGCUCCAGUCAGUAUCCCAACUUGUGGUCUGUGAGCAACAGCACCAUCACGCCGGUGUCGCAGUCGAGCGGGGUGCCCAACGGCCUGAGCUCCCAGUUUUUCCGCGGCUCCCCGGCGCACUACGCGGCCCUCCCGGCCCCGGCC